AUGGGAAACAGUUUGAGAUGUUGUUUAGCAUGUGUUCUUCCCUGUGGACCCCUAGAUUUGAUCCGUAUAGUACACUUAAAUGGCCAUGUUGAAGAAAUAACACGUCCGGUCACCGCCGGAGAGGUUCUUAAGAACAACCCAAAUCACGUAUUGAGGGAACCAAGCUCACAAGGUGUUGCCCGCCGGAUUUCGAUCCUAUCGCCUGAGUUGGAACUUAAGAGAGGGAGCAUUUAUUUCUUGAUACCAGCAUCUUCUUUGCCUGCAGAGAAGAAGAAAACCCUCAACUACCUCAAGAAGUCUCCCAAGGAAAGCAAAAAAUUCAGCUCCGGCGAGUCGGAUUUUGAUCAAUUCGUACCGGAAAGUCAUUCGGAGAAAAAGUCAUCACACCGGGAACGGAGGAAAGGGAGAGUUGGAGUAUGGAGGCCUCAUCUUCAGAGCAUUUCUGAGGACUAG